CUCUAGGCGAUCUCACACAGCAGCUUAGAGAGUGUCUCCUGCCCGCCCAAACGGAGUAAGGACAAAGGUUCCAACUGCGCCUGCUUCCCAGCGGGGUGGAGAGACGCCCCGCCAACCCGUGACUCCUCCGAGCCAGGCCGCCCCUUUCCGGCGCAGAUCCGCAUGGCGGCGACGGUGACCGUGGAGCCCGCGGGCCGCUGCCUCUGGGACGAGCCCGUGCGCAUCGCCGUGCGCGGCCUGGCCCCGGGGCAGCCGGUCACGCUGCGCGCGUCCCUGCGCGACGAGAAGGGCGCGCUCUUCCGGGCCCACGCGCGCUACCGCGCCGACGCCACGGGCCAGCUGGACCUGGAGCGCGCGCCCGCGCUGGGCGGCAGCUUCGCGGGGCUCGAGCCCAUGGGGCUCCUCUGGGCCCUGGAGCCCGAGAAGCCCCUGCUGCGGCUGGUGAAGCGGGACGUGCAGACGCCGUUCGCCGUGCAGCUGGAGGUGCUCGACGGCCACGAGCCCGAGGCCGGGCGGCUGCUGGGCCGGGCGGUGCACGAGCGCGCCUUCCUGGGGCCCGGGGUGCGGCGGGAGCCGGUGCGCGCGGGCCGGGUGCGCGGCACGCUCUUCCUGCCGCCAGGCACAGGGCCCUUCUCUGGGAUCAUUGAUUUGUUUGGAACUGGUGGUGGCCUUUGUGAAUACAGGGCCAGCCUCCUGGCUGGACAUGGUUUUGCUGUGCUUGCUCUGGCGUAUUUCAGAUUUGAAGACCUCCCUGAAUAUUUAAAUGAUGUGCACCUGGAGUACUUUGAAGAAGCCGUGCACUUCAUGCUGCAGCAUCCAAAGGUGAAAGGACCUAGUGUUGGGCUUCUUGGCUUCUCCAAAGGAGGUGAUCUGUGUCUCUCAAUGGCCUCUUUCCUAAAGAACAUCACAGCCACUGUACUUAUCAAUGCCUGUGUGGCCAACACAAUAGCUCCUCUGCAUUACAAGGGUAUGAUUAUUCCUAAUCUCAGCAAUGACCCAGGAAAACAUGCGAUCACUGAAUCAGGCCUUUUGGAUUUCAUGGAUAUUUGGAACAAUCCACUGGAGGAACCCAACCACCAAAGUCUUAUUCCAUUGGAAAAGGCCCAGGGGCCCUUCCUGUUUAUUGUUGGCAUGGAUGAUCAUAACUGGAAGAGUGAAUGCUACGCUCGUAUAGCCUCUGAACGGUUACAAGCCCAUGGGAAAGACAAACCCCAGAUAAUCUACUAUCCAGAGGAACGCCUUGGUGGCAACAGAUUUUCUGGACUAUGCCCUAUGGGCCACUGCCGUAAUCUUUGGAUGUCAUGUUAUGCCUGCCAAAUCAGACUUCCUCCAACACCAUCUGCUCCUAUUACCUUUCUACUGGGAAGGACUGGGAUCGGUCUGCUUCAACCCAUUGCAAUGCACUGAGCACUAUCUAGAGUCAUAAGAGACAAGAAAAGAGGGUCUUCCUUGAGUGGAAGACACAUCACGUGGUUUGCUGGGCACAUAUAAAAUCUUUCACCAAUUUAAGUAUCCAAGCAAAUGCUCAUUAGACAUUAACUAAUGAAAAGAAGGAUUCCUUAGAAGUAACUUAAUUUUGAUCAAUUGUCAAAAAUAUGUGUCAAAUGUAGUUAUUCACUAUGUAGUAUAAUUUUCUAUGAUGGGAAUUCUUGGAGCCUCUCCUUUAACUCACUCCCAGAUGAUCCUGCUACCCUUGAGAUGCCUUUGGGAUGGGGGAAUCACAGGAUGAAGUUAUAAGGAAAGCAGCUGGGAGGGUGAGAGAAGAGAGCCAAAAAGAGAGCAUCAGAAGCUAAGCAUGAGGAUGAUGACUAAACAUCUCUGUACUAAAGCACUAGGUGUAGGGACAGCCCUACAACUCCAUUUCCUCUUACUGAUAAAGUAGCCUAGAAAUGACCUGCACUGACUAGAGAUAUUUGGUCACUUUCCCCUCAAAGUUGACUAUAUGUAGCCACCUGUCUCUAAGAUUUCAAAAAGAAUUUCAGGUUGUUACAAAGCUACAUAAAAUAUAGUAAAUGUGAAUUCACAGGGAGAAAGAGAAAAGGUAUCCAUAAAAUGGAGCCAGAAAUGAGGCUAAUACAAUAGUGCUUAUUAUGAAGUCCUAUAUACUCGCCUUAAUUGGGCCACUCAUUCAGUCUUAUGUUUUCUAGUGGUUUAUGGAAAGAAGUAAACCCAAUCAGUUACACAAAAUUUACAGCAUUCAUAAAAGCAAAGCUUAGAAAUCAAUUUCUCCCACUAAGAAACAUUAAGUGACAUAAAAGGUAGUGUAUCCUCAAGGAUGUGUCUACAGAUGUAAAUCCCAGACUCUACCACUCACUGUAUGAACUUGGGUAAGUUAUUAACCUCUCUAUGCCUUUAUUUCCUCAUCUCUAAAGCAGGGAUAAUAAUAAUAGUGAUAAUAGAAACUACCUCAUUGCACUGUUGUGAUUAAAUUAGAUAAUCCAAGUAAAGCACUUACAUUAUUUAAACUCUCAAAUAUUAGCUCUUAUUUCAGAUGAGGAAAUUGAGACCGGGAAGGUUAAGACAUAUACCUGGUUGAUGGGAGAACUGGGUCAGUCCAAACUCCAAAGCCUAUGGCCUUCAUUGACCAUGGGCUCUACUGCCUUCUAGCCAGAAGAGACAUGCUCCUCUUGUGCAGAGCUGCAUGAAGAGGGUUACUGGAAAGUUAAGGGUAAAUUAGGGUCACAUAAUGGAGGCUCCAUAAACCAAAUUGGAGAGUUCACAUUUAAAAUGAUAAAAAAAUAAGGAACUAUUUUUAACAUAUUGAUUUUUUUUUAAUGGCUGCCAGUAAUUUUUCCUUGAAGCUUAGUGGCUCAAAGCAGUUGAAGCCUAAAAAAAAUUUAAUUGGAGACACUUUUAAAAAAGAAAACAACGGAAAACAAAUCAGAAAAUAUAAUGAAAUUCAGCCCAUUGUUCUUUUCUUUGUCCACCUAAUAACCUUCAAUGUACUUCCCACAGGGUAAGAAAGGCCAAUAGAGAAUUUUGAAAGCAAAUAGAUGUUUUCGUCAACUGAGCAUUUAAAAAAUAUCUGUAUAAACCUAUUACAUAUUUCAGCCAGCUAAAAACACAAAGACUUCUUAUUUCAAAGUAUAACUAACCUAUUAUGUACAUUCAUUUUAAAUGGUCUUUGAAGACUGGGAAGAAGAAAUCUUGUAGAAGGCCUUCUGUUUCUUCAAGUGGUAACAAGCAGAUAUGCACAAAAUCCAAUAUUCACAGCCACUAUAAUGAUGGAUUUGGGGGCAGAAGUCAAGAUUACUUGAGUUCUUUUUCUAAAACUGGGGGUCAGGCAUAUAUGUAUAUAUUCUCCAAAGAGAGAGGGACCUUAACAAGUACUUUUCAAAGACAACAGGAUUGUUAAAAGGCUCUAAAACCAGAAAUUCUUGGUCUAGUGAGCAUAUGGUUUCAGCGGCAAAUAUUUUCGAUUCACAAAUCAGGAUACAUGACAAUUAUGAUCUUAUUUAUGGGGUAUGUGGGAUAAGAUAUUUGAAAAUGAGAUUGUUUUAAAAAAUUCAAGAUUUAUAUAUACACCCUUCUUUCUUGACAGAGCAGUUUAAUAGAAUGUUUUCACUUGGGAUAAUUAACCUCACCUUACAUAUGCAUUUUAAUUAAGAUGGAAUUCUAUAGCAGAAAAAUUUUAAAUUACAAAUAUCAAUACAUUCUUCAUUGUAAAAGAUUCAAGUAAUACAGAUAAAAUAAAAGGUCUUUUUAAUUUAUUAUUCAGUCUUCUCCCAGGGUAAUUACUGUUACCAACUUGAAGUAUACCAAGUAUACCACAACUAUUUUGUGUGCAUGUACAUGCAUAUAUUUGUAUGAAUGAAAAAAAUUAUGGUUUUGAGUUCAAUGCCUUUUCUCUUUUUAAAAAUAAAUAAAUAAAUAAAUGUCAUAUAUUGUAAGCUUUUUUCCUCCAUGUGUGAAAAUAAACAU